AUGGCAACUCAAACACCACCCCAACCCCUGGACGAUCCCCGCUUCAUGCGGGAUAAAUUAGCCCAAUACCUCGUCGGUGGCAGAAUCCUAGACCGUAUCGUGCGAAACGCACCGAACGAGCAAAAUGGCUUUGGACCGGGAUGGCUUCCAAUCCGAAAUGAUUACGAUCCUUUCAAUCUGCCACCAGUUCCCGAGACCCUUCGGACGCGUUACAGCGGUGGUGUGUCUGAUGCGCAGAUAAACUCACCUGAUAAACCGGCGCAUAUCGGUAUAAUCGGCGCUGGUAUAACGGGUCUUUUCCUGGCGUUUCUGAUUGAUCGAGUCAAUGAAAUGAGGUCACCUAAUAACCCCCUCUUCACGUAUACUAUCCUCGAGUCUAGUGGAAGGACAGGUGGUAGGGUCUUGACCAAGCAUUUUGACGAGGAGAUUUGGAAUGAUUAUUAUGAUAUUGGGGCUAUGAGGUAUCCGGAUAUUCCUAUCAUGGCAAGAACGUUCCAUCUUUUCGAGACACUGGGCUUUUCAAAGCCCAAAGAAACAGAGGGUAACGGAGAUAAAUAUGAUGAUGGGAAGGAUACAUUGAUGAAGUAUCACUUCAAAGGCGAGAAUUGUCCAAGCAGAUUCAACGAUAUUACUCAUGUGUCCACCAAAGACGAUGUCGAGGAUCCGUUCAACUUCAGCAUUUCCAAAGAAGGAAAUGUUCCUGAUAGCACGGUCAAAGAGGGCGCAGAUGUGAUUCUCGAGAACAUCUUUGGACCAUACAAGCAAGAAUUAAAGAAGGAUUUUGUUCGCGGAUUCGAAAAGCUGAUGAAAAAAGACCACUUCACAACUCGCGACUAUCUACGUGAGAUUGAAGACAUGGAUUUCUACUCAAUCCAAUAUCUAGAAACAACAAACAGCGCCUCCGGUCUUUUCGACCAAGCAUUCACCGAAAGCGUCAUAGACUCCUUCGACUUCGACUACCCAGCCGACAAAGACCCUAAAACCGACGACAACUCCGUAAAAUGGUACUGCGUCAAAGGCGGCACCUCAAAAAUAAUCAACAAACUAGAAAACACCCUGCACACCAAGCCCAUUCUCAAGCACCGCGUAACAGCCAUCCGAUACAAGAAAGCCUCACGCAACGAGACCUUCACAGACCGGCACAUGGAACUCGACAUCACACACGACCACGACCAGAACCACGCAGCCGAAAAACAAACCCUCUCCUUCUCCACCGUCUUCAACACAGCCAGCCUAGCCUGCACACGGCGCAUGGACCUCCGCACCGCAGGCUGCAGCCGCACACAACUCGACGCAAUGCGCAGCGUCCACUACGACGCCUCGACGAAAGUCGCCAUCGAAUUCACCCGGCCAUGGUGGAUCCAGGACUGCAAUAUCCGCGGCGGAUCCGCGUCCUCGGACCUCCCCAUCCGCACCUGCGUCUACCCGUCCUACAACCUCGACGCAACGGGGAAGGCCGUGCUGCUGUGCUCGUAUACCUGGGCGCAGGAUGCGCAGCGCAUGGGGUCGCUGGUUGACAACGUGCCGGCCGAGGGCGGGGCCAGGUUCGACGGGAGUAGGAAUCCCACGCAGAAAGAUGGGCUGCUGAAGGAGCUUUUGGUGCAUAAUUUGGCGCUGUUGCAUCAGAGCCCGGGGCUGGGGUAUGAGGAGAUGUAUGCGAUUAUUGAGGGGGCGUAUCGGGGACAUGAUGCGUUUGAUUGGUAUGGGAAUCCGCAUUCCGCGGGGGCGUUUGCGCUGUUUGGACCCGGGCAGUUUAGGGCUUAUUUUCCGUUUCUUGUGGAGCCGGCGGCGGAGGGGCAUUUGUUUUUGGCGGGUGAGGCGUGUAGUGCGCACCAUGCGUGGAUUGUGGGGUCCUUGGAUAGUGCGUUGAGGGCUUUGACGCAGUAUCUCCUUACGCUCAGGCCUUGGGUCGAUGAUGUUGAGGAUAUUUUGGGGGCUUUGGAGCGGGAGUGGGGGGUGGUGAGGGAGGUUGCUCGUGAUGAGAUGGAUUGGCAGGCGGUUUUGUCUAAGGUUGAUAUGGGAAAGGGUGGUUCUUGA